UUGACCCGGCACCCCCGCACCCACACGGGGGAGAAGCCCUACGUCUGCCCGGUCUGCGCCCGCGCCUUCAAACGUAGCUCCCAGUUGAACCAGCAUCUCCACACCCACACUGCGGAGAAGCCUGAUGGCUGCGGGAGCACUGGAGAUUCUCCUGCAGCCCGUGGAGAGGCCCAUGCAACCCACAGUGUUGGUCACCAGCAUGGCAGCAUGAACGUGCUCGUUCUCCUGGAGGACGGCAGCAUGGCACCAAAGCCCUACCAGUGCUCUGAGUGCGGGAAGACCUUUGGCCAGAGCUCCAACCCCAUCAAGCAUCAACAGACCCAUGUGGUUGAGCGACACUUCCCUUGUGUCCAAUGCGAGAAGAGCUUCAGCUGGAGCUCCAGGUUGACCGAGCACCUCUGGACCCACACGGGUAAGUGACCCUUCGCUUGUGGUCACUGUGAGAAGACCUUCACCCACAACUGCUCCUUGACUAUGCACCUCUGGACCCACACGGGCGAGAAGCCCUAUGUCUGCCCAGUCUGCGCCCGCACCUUCAGAACCAGCUCCACCUUGGCCAGGCAUUGCCGCACCCACAAUGGCGAGAGGCUCUACUACACCUGCCCCAAGUGCGGGAAGACCUGCGGAUGGACCCCCGAUCAGAAGCUCUACGACUGCGAGCACUGCAGGAAGACCUUCAACCUCAGCUCCAACCUGGUCACACACCAAAGGACUGACCCCAAGGAGAGGCCGUUCUCCUGCAGGCAAUGUGGGAUGCGCUGUAAGAGGAAGGGUAACUUGAUGUCCCACCAACGGACCCACACCAAAGAGCAGCCCUACCAGUGUGGGGAGUGCGGGAAGACCUUCAGGCAGAGCUCAUGGUUCAUCGCACACCACGGCGAGCGACCCUUCGCUUGCAGCCACUGUGAGAAGAGGUUCAGCUACAGCUCCACGUUGAACCACCUCCGCACCCACAUAGGUGAGAAGCCCUAUGUCUGCCCAGUCUGCACCUGCGCCUUCAUAGCUAGCUCCAAAUUGACCCGGCAUCGCCACACCCACACUGGGGAGAAGACCUACGCAUGUCCCAAAUGCGGGAAGGCCUUUUGACAGAUUGCCAACAUGCUCACGCAUCUCUGCACCCACACCGGGGAGAAGCCCUACGUCUGCCCGAUCUGCGGUUGCACCUUCCGAGCCCACUUCAGCUUGGCCAAGCAUCUCUGCACCCACACCGGGGAGAAGCCCUACGUCUGCUGGGUCUGUGCCUGCACAUUCAGAACCAGCUCCAAGUUGGCCACACAUCUCUGGACCCACACCAGGGAGAAGCCCUACAUCUGCGGACACUGCAGGAAGACCUUCAGCCUCAGCUCUGCCCUGCUCGUUCACCAAUGCACCCACACGGGCGAGCGACCCUUCGCUUGUGGUCAUUGUGGGAAGACCUUCACUCACAACUCCUCCUUGACCGUGCACCUCCGGACCCACACGGGUGAGAAGCCCUACGUCUGCCUGGUCUGCGCCCGCGCCUUCAGACGUAGCUCCGAGUUGAACCAGCAUCUCCACACCCACACUGCGGAGAAGCCCGAUGGCUGCGGGAGCACUGGAGAUUCUAUUGCAGGCUGUGAGAUUCUCUUGCAGCCUGUGGAGAGGACCAUGGUGAGGCAGGAUGUCCCUGUGCAGCCCGUGGAGGUCCACGGUGGAGCAGUUGGAGACCGUGACUCCAAU